CUCUUCACUAAGCUACUACGAGUUGGAAAGGAGACGCAUGCGUACUGACUUGAAGCAGCCGGUUGGAGAAAAAAAAGAAAAAAAAAAAAGAGGAAAAAAAGCCUUAUGUUCCAUCGGAUGUAAUCAAGGCAAAGAAUUACCUCUUCUCGCUGUGCAUACAUGGUGAAAUUCCCAUGGGAUCAGAACGGAUGGAGAUGCGAAAGAGGCAGAUGUCGGUGCAGCAGGAGUCGGCAGCGGGGGGAACUGCACCGACCCAGCAGGACCAGCCGGGCCAGGCCAACCCACGGGGCUCGAAUGCAUGUUGCUUUUGCUGGUGUUGCUGCUGUAGCUGUUCCUGGAAUGAAGACCGGGAUGACAGGAAUCGAAAAGCAUCGUAUGACGUUAAGGAAGGGACCGCAGACUGUGAAGACUGUCCUAAGCCCACGUUGGAGGAGGUGCGCUUAUGGGGGCAGUCGUUUGAUCAGCUGAUGUGUUGCCCAGCGGGGAGAAACUCUUUCCGGCAAUUUCUUCGCACUGAGUUCAGUGAGGAGAACAUGCUGUUCUGGCUAGCCUGCGAGGAGUUCAGCAAAGAGGCCAAUAAGAGUGCUGUAGAGGAGAAGGCCCGAGUCAUCUACGAGGACUACAUCUCCAUUCUCUCGCCAAAAGAGGUGAGCCUUGACUCGCGGGUCCGUGAGGCGAUAAACAGGAACAUGCUGGAGCCCACCUCUCACACGUUUGACGAUGCCCAGCUGCAGAUCUACACGCUAAUGCAAAGAGACUCGUAUCCCCGUUACAUGAACUCCCCAGCCUACAAAAACCUGCUCAACACUCUGUCAGAGCAGUCCCCUGAAUCUUAGGGUGGUGAUGACCUGUGAUCUUUUAACUCUCUUUACCCCCCUCCUAAAUUUAUACCCACUUUUAUAAAAUUUUCUUUGUAUGUUCAGUGUAGGAUUACAUGAACCAGGCCUUGGGCCUGGCCCCUCCCAGGGAUCUCAGCGCUAUUGUGAUCUGCACCUGACCGAAGACACUCAGGUCUCAAAAUCUCCCGAGGGCUCGACAUCACAAGUACUGCUACAGAUCAACAUAGCAAAACACUCCAAAGGAAUAUGAAUACAUUUUAUUCUGUUUUCUUUUUUCUUUCUUUUGAUAGAAAUAAUCUAUUUUAUUUGUGUUCAGAGUUUUUUAUGGUCUAUCGUUUUUUUUGUAUGAUUGUUUGGGGGGUGGGAAUGAUUCCUACUGUAGACUAUAUAUAUUUAUGAGUUUGUAAAUAGUAAAAAUGGAAUUGUGGGUAUUUUAUGUGGAAACGCCUGGUUCUAUUUACUGCGUAUGAAAAUCAAAGCUCAAGUCAAAGGCUACGUGUUAGCUCUACUUGCAGGCAGCUUUGUGGGGUUCUGUAUGAUUCCACCUUGGUUUCACCUUGUUUUGUUUGACCUCACACUUUGGUACCCGUGGCAGCGACUUGGCAACUCCAGUUCACGUAGAACCGGCGUGUGACUGGAUUUACUGUAAGUGUGGUUAUCAGUAAAGUAACAGAAAGUGACAAUAGCUCGUCACAGGGUGCAAUUUGUUUCCGUAAGAAACUCAAAUCAAUCAUGGAAGGGUGUUUUAACUUCCGUUACCCUGUCUUAACCACAGACGAUUGCCUAUUUAAGAUAUGUUGCUUUUUUUUUUUUAAUUUAAGUGUUACACACUGCACACCUCAUGGGUUUAAUAUAGUUUUACCAAUGUGACAUAGGAACCUUAGUAAUUCUAUAUUUACCAGAGAAAGUAUUUUUAUUUAUUGAUAUUUAUUGACAAUACAGAAACGGUACAAAUUAUAUAUAAACCUACAUAUGGAGGAAACAGUACAUUGUAAAAAAAAAAAAAAAAAAAAAACUAAAUGUGUAACAGGUCUGUAAUUUUCCAACAACUUGAAAGUAUUUUCAUACACAGAGCUGUAUUUGAACGCUAAAAAUGAGAGUGACUUAAUUUAAAUCCCAAUAUUCGUGUUCAAUAUGUGAUUAGAGACUUUGAGAACACAGUUUGGAAACAACAUGUUUAUAUGGCAGGAUGGAUGUUGCUGACAUGGAGUUAAAUUAAA